GAGCAAACAGUGCUCUGCCUUCCAGCACGGUGCAGCACGGCAUGCAUGGUGCUUCUGGUGCUGCUGGUGCUGCUGGUGUGUCGCCCAUACACGGUGUGUCGCCCAUACACGGGGUGUCGUCGUCGCCGUCGCUGGCGCUGCAUGGCAUGUCGCCGCUUGCCCCAGCAGCAGCAGGAGGACCUAGCAUGUCGCCGCUUGCCCCAGCAGCAGCAGGAGGACCGGGUGCGUCCCCCCUGUCUCGUGUGUCGGGUCCUGGAACAGACGUGGAGGGAGGAGGAGGAGAGUCCCCCCUCUCAUGGGCGCUGCAAGGUGGAGGAGGAGGAGCAGGAGGAGGAGGGGCAGGAGGAGCAGGAGCAGGAGGAGGAGGAGGAGGAGAAGGAGGGGGAGGAGGCAUGGAGAAUGGAGGGAUGGGGCAAGCGAGGACAGAGAGCAUCAAGGUGCAUGGGCUGGUGUCAUGGGCACAGGCAGGUAGCGAGGGUACUGGGGGUGGGGAGAAAUUCGAGAGGCUGGGUGGUGAUGGCGCGGAGGGAGGCCAUGGAGGAGGAGGAGGAAGAAAUGGAGGAGGAAUCGAGGUUCAAAGAGAAGGGGAGGGGGGAGUGGAAGGCGAAGCAGGGGGAAGGGGCGGAGGAGGAGCGGGAGGAGCAGGGGGGGAAGCAGGUGGGGGAGAGGGAGGGGGAGAGGGAGGGGGAGUGGAGUACGUGGAAGCAAAGAUGAACAUGGCAGAGCUGACUCUCACCUUCCAGCGCCACCUCUCUGUGCUCGUGAGGGCGGAGAAGACCAAGAAGGAUGGGUCCCUGCGCCUGCUCUUGCAGUCCGAAUGCAUCCCGGAUAUUCUCAGCUGGCUCACCAGCUCUGACUGCGCCCAGGCGGAUCAGAUGCUGCUGAGGGAGCUGGUGCUGGCAGUGCGGGUGGCAGCACUGGAAGAAACCGGCGGGCUGGACUGGUUCCGCGGCGUGCGGUGCUUCUACCGCAACCGAUUCGCGUUCGUCAACAAGGGGAGAAGCAAGGGGAAAGGGGGGGAUAAGGGGAAGAGCGGGGGGAAAGGGAAGGGAUUGGAGGGGGGGACGGGUGGAGGGGAGAACGGUCAGGCUGGUGGGGGAGGCAGCCAGGCUAAGGGCCUUCUGGGGUGGUUUCAACGAGGUGAUAAGCAGACAGCUGAUGGUGCUGCUGCUGCUGAUUCUGAUGCUGCAGCUCCUUCAUCUAGUGCCUAUGGGAGCAAGGGCAACCUGCUUUGA